CCGCAGAUGCUAGCUGAGGCUGAGGCUGAGGCUGAGGCUGAGAGUCCGGCGCAGACGAUCGAUGGAGGGCAGAGAUGUUCGGAUCAGACUGCGGAUCGCACGGAUACAGCCGAGGAGCAGGAGGACGAUUUUGGAUCUGUGGAGGAAUACAAAGAAGAAGAUCCGGAAGUGCGGAGACUUCAGGAGGAAUUAGAGGUCACCAGGAAGGAUUAUAACAUCUCACAAGGUGUCAUAUCCUCUCUUCAGAGAACAAUCUCCUCCCAGCAAUCCAAACUCCGAAAAUCCGAGUCUGAGAAAGAAGAUUUACAGAGAGAGUUGAUAGACAGAGGAGUGCAGCUGCAUGCCAUGUCCACCAAGUUUUCCAGCGUGCGGGAGGACAGGAAACACGAAGAGAUGAUGGCGGCGAUGGAGAAAGAGAAUUAUAACCUGAGAGAGCUGGUAUCUGAACUGAAAUCGGAGGUGAGCCGGAGGAACGAUCUGAUUGGUGAGCUGAAGGGCGACGUUCAGAGGCUGCAGAGGGAGGUCCUGGAGGUCCAGAUCCAGAUGAGGAAAAACGAAGGAGAGAGAAACCAAAUGGAGAGCAAAGCCGGGGAGCUGGCAACAUCCGAGCAGCAUGUCAGGGUCAGCCUGGAGGCCGUCCAAUCCAGGUUCGAGAGAUUCCGCAGCAAAAUAAUACAAGCCGCCUACACGGCCCCGGGGUUCAAGGGUCCGCAGGUGGAGGUCUCCGAUAAUGAGGUCCUGGAAACCAUGCAGAAGAUAAUCGCAGAGCGGUCGGAUUUUCACCAGCAGCUCAAACACAAAGGAGUCAAAGUCCCUCCAUUGCACCAAUCAGAGACCCCCCUCAAUGUCAAACAUUCGUCCUCCUCCACCAGGAAGAAAUGA